AUGGGUUCGGCCACAGAGAUUCCAGCAUACACUGGAAAAAUCGCCUUGAUCACUGGAGCUGCUGGGAAACUCGGCCAAGCGACUGCAAUCUCGUUUGCCGCCGCAGGAAUUGCUCGUCUCGCCAUCGUUGACCGCGUCGACGUUUCGGACACCCGCGAAAAGGUUCUCCAGGCAGCCUGGGACGUCGGUAAGCCGACGCCCGAUGUGCUUGCUUUGAGCAUCGAUAUCUGUGAUGCCGCGAGCGUCGAAGCAGGCGUGCGGGAGGUGAGCUCGACGUGGGAUCAUGUUGACACUUUCAUCAACAUCGCAGCUUCUUCGCCUAAACCCGUCAUCCCUCAGGGCGAUGUGACUGGGUUGAGAGACGUGGAUGCCUGGUGGAAGAUCUGGGAGGCCAAUGUCAAGGGUAUCAGUCUCAUGUCUCGGGCCCUACUGCCCCUCCUAUCGCGCAGCUCCGAAAGGACGAUCGUGAAUGCGGUUCCUGUAUUCUCAGUCAAUCCCGCGGCGCCCACAAGCGACAGUCAAUUGUCCGUGCUGGCCUCUACGCGGCUUUCUGAGAGUCUGAUGCUCGACUACGCGCACGAGGGCCUCUUGGUUUACUCUGUGAACCCAGAGAUCAAUCUGGAGAGAAGAGUGCCAGAGGCCACCAGACAAGUCAUGAAUGCAAAAUGCGGCGAUGUCAUCGUCCAUUUGGCUGGCAAGCGGCGCGAAUGGCUGGCAGGGAGACAUGUCGGGAGCGUGGAGGACUUGCUUGAGCUGCAGGCUUGGGACGAAGACUUGGAUGGCAGUUCCCUUUCAAAGAUGCAGCCUUCUAUUGAGAUAACUCCCUCCAAGAGUGAAACUUUUGUGCCGUCUUGGACAUCUAGGAGGGGAAGAGUGCCUCGUAGUAGUUACUGA